AGUCUUGUAGUAGGAAAUAGUAUUAUUUCUAAUUUAGUUAGCGCUAGGGGAUUCCUUAGUGUAGUGAUUCACAGACACACGGACACACAUUGGGUGUAAGGGAGUAAACAUAAAUAUAUAUAUAUAUAUAUAUUUACGUCAUACCUUCAUUUCACAUACAAAGACUCCUUUCUUGUCGAAAUCGCCGCUGUUUUCAUUCCCUGCUCACGUUUUGCUGGUUCCGCCCUCCUCUCUUUCCCUUUCUCUCUCUCUCUCGCCGACUCGCUUCACUUUCGCAUAUUUGCCACAAAAAGGAAACAUCGACCUGACUCUCCUUUUCCGAUCCAAUGAAGUCCAACACGGAAGCCGGUGGGGCUCUGUUCGGCUACAACGGCGGCUACGACGGUGGGGUGAUGCAGCCAGGAAUGAACUCGGUGGAGUACCCGCAGAUGGUCUUCAACAACACGCGCGACCGCGUCCUCGGCUUUAACCAGAGUCUGCAGAUGUACGAGCAGCAGAUGACCCCGGCGCUGGAGGAGCUGCAGCAACUGAUGCAGGAAGCCAACGCCCUGCGAGCGCAGUACGAGGAGGCACUCGCGGAAAAGCAGUCGAUCGAGCUGCUCGCCACGCGGGCGGAGAAGCGGGUGCAGGAGGUGAAGGAGAUUGUGGACCGCUACGUCGGCGUGAAGGACGCGGUGGUGGCCAGCGACGGCUUCACCUACGAGCGCGAGACCAUCUCCUCCUACAUCGACGGCUGCAAGGAGGCGGGUGGCACGCCGACGUCCUACCAGACGGAGAAGCCGCUCACCUCCCUGCUCAUCCCCAAUCGCUCCCUCAAGACCCUCGUCGACCGCCUCGUCACGCUGCAGAAGGCGGAGCUGACGUCGAGCCCGGCAGCGACCGACGGCGUGCCAGCGCACCCGAAGCCGAUCGCGACGGGUCGCUCCAACGCGGCCGGCGGCAACACGAACGACAGCGCCCCCCGCCGCAACGUGCACGGCAGCAAGGAAAGCGCCGGCGCGGUGGAACUCAACGCGAAGGGCGAGCGCGUGCACCCCUGCAUCCGCGUCUACGGCUACUGCAACUACAAUGAGAGCUGCGCCUACGCCAAGUACCCGUACGAUGCGUGCCUCUCGAACCUCAAGAACAAGUGCCGUUUCAAGAAUCAGUGCCACGAGCGCCACGUCGAAUUUCGCGGCCCACUGGACGACUACGGGAACCCGAUUGCGGCGAGCCAGGGCGCGAACAACCACCACAACCACCACCACCACGAGAAGAACGCGUUGGCUGAGGCCGCAGAGGACUCUGCUGUGAGGACGUAA